ACUCCGACUUAAAAAUCGGCCGAGGAUGUACCCCGCAGGCAGACUCGGGGUGGCGGCCCUGUCCUCCCGGCGCGGCGUGGUGGAGGCCGUGCUCGAGAGCGGCGUCGAACUGGCUACCAUGUCGAUCGUGGUGUCGUCCUUGACCAUCGCGACCCAGCUGGCGUUGUCGCACGUCAUCCGCGGCCGUCUGUCUGACCUCAUUCAGAAUGAACUCCUCAAGGGCUGCCUCCUCGAACUGGUGGCAGCGGCGGAGAUGUGCGGAACCUGCUAUGAACUCAUCAUCGUCGCCGACAACUACGGAGUGUAUGCCUACGCUGUGUACCUCUGGCUCAUGACCAUCUGGUGGGGCCAGUCGUGGGGAACCGCCACAGCCUGCCCCUACAGCCUGCUGGAGGAGUACGUGGAAGUGGGAAGUGACGCUGUCUCGGUCGUGCUCAAGAUCAUUGCUCAAGUGAUAGGUGGUUUGAUGUCCUUCAGAUGGGUGAAAUACAUCUGGAUGAUGGAACUCGCCGCAACGCACGUGGGUCGCGGCGUGGACGACUGCUCGGCUGACCUCCAAGUACCUGUCAUCGCUGGCUUCCUGAUCGAGUGUGUGCUGACCUGUGCCUGCCGACUGGUCUCUCGAGCUCUGGGCGAAAUCGAACCCAAGUUUGCCUCUGCGAUCGAUUCCUUCUUUGCUACGUCCAUGGUGGUGCUCGCCUUCAACUACUCCGGCGGUUACUUCAACCCCGUGCUCGCGACCGGCCUCAAGUGGAGCUGCCGAGGCCACACGAACGCCGAGCACAUCAUCGUGUACUGGGCCGGCUCCAUCCUGGGCGCCAUGAUGUCCAUCCGCCUCUGGAACCUCGCCGUCGUCAAGAACACGAUGGUCGGCCCCUUCAAGCCCAAAGAAGAGUAGGAGAGGGAGAGAUGAGAUUGGUACUUUUGAGGAAAAAGGAUAUAUUUAUAUAUUAUUGUUUUAUUGUGGAUUGAAUAUUCGAAGAUUUAAAAAGCCACGUUUGAAGUGGCUAGGUAGUGUCACAAGCGCACACAUACACACGUAUGUAAAGAAUGUAUUUAUUUUUUGGAGUGUAAUUUGGUAUGGAUUUUGUACUAUACAUGAGGUGGGCGAAAAAAAAAUGUGACGGUGACAAUCGCCGAAGAGAGAGAUAGUAUAAUGGAACAUAUUUUGUUAGACUGUUUCAUGUUAGCGAAAGACACUCAAAAUUUGAGUGAUUCAACUAUGUGCAAACUACCUCCUUAACAGCUUCCAUUGACUCCGUCAUGUAUAGCAUUACUCACAAAGUAAUCCUGCAUUUAGAAUUUACUUGUUCUGAAUCUCUGUGAAAACGAAAUGUACAAGAAUCUUUUAUAAAGAGAACAAAAAUGCAAAGAAAAACGUUGCAUUUGUACACAAAAUGCUCUUUACUUCGUGUAUCGAGUAGUUAGGCUGUCGCGUAGUCCGUCAACUGUAGCUCUCUCCUCGAUCUUCUCUUCUCUUCUCACGCACGAAUUCCCUUGUCAAAGCUGAAGACAGGAGAUGGUUAUUGACUAAGCAAAUCUCUUAUAUGUAAAAAAAAA